AUGGCUCGUCCGCCUCGCCGCUCGUGGUCGGAUGGCCUCCCGCCCGAGCUGAUGGCCAUCAUCCUCCUGCAGCUCAACUGCCUCGCCGACCGUGCCUGCUUCGCGGCCGUCUGCCGCGCGUGGCGCUCCGCCGCGCCGUACGCCGAUGGCCCGCAGCGCGGGGUGCCGUGGCUCCUCCUCCCGACGCGCGACAAGCCGUCCUUCCUCAGCCUCCACUCCGGCGCCACCCGUCGCAUGCACCUCCCCGAGGUCGCCCGUGGCGCGCGCAUGUGCGGCGCCCACGACGGCGGCUGGGUCGUGGUCGCCAGGGACCCGUGGCGAGGUUUCGCGGCCGUCAACCUCCUUACCGGCAAGAGGGUCCCCCUCCCGGAGAAGCUGAGGCUCGAGGUGCCCCCCGGCGGCGCCUACCAGUUCGGGUUCGAGGGCUUCACCCACCACCACAUGCUUGUUCGCUCCGUCGUCUUCUCUGCCCCGCCCUCCUCCCCGGACUGCAUCGCCGCCGCGCACGUCUCCAGCGCCUCCAACAUCGCCUUCUGGCAGCCGGCGACGAUGUCCACCUCCCACUGGAUCGCGUACCGGCGCGACACGGACAUCAUCCAGGACGUCAUCUACCACUGGAGCGCGCAGCUGCAGGGCUUCCACGUCCUCACCAACAGGGAGGAGGUCCUGGUGUACUCGCCCGUGGCUCCCGGGCGCCCCGGCGCGCCGCAGCCGCUGCAGAUGGCCUGCACCCGCCUCUCGCUGCGCCGCCGCGACGACUACCAGCCCGACGCCGCCCUCCCCGUGACGUUCGUCGCGACGCGCUACCUGGUGGAGUCCCGCGGGAAGCUGCUCAUGGUGGUGCGCCACUACACCGGCAACCCCGUCGUGCGGCGCCGCACGCGCAUGUUCCGGAUCUUCGAGCUGAGGCCCGGCGCGCCGUGCUCGUGGCUGGAGAUCCCCGAGCUGGCCGGCCGCGCGCUCUUCCUCGGCCGAGGCUGCUCCAGGGCCGUCGAGGUGGCGCGGUUCGGCACGCUCCAGGAGGACACCAUCUACUUCCUCGACGACGCCAGCCUCGACCUGUCCACGGUGCUCAACGACGGGAGCAGCCACCGCAGCGCUGACAUGGGCAUGUACAGGAAGGGCGAGAAGAUCAGGCCUGGCGCUCGCCAAUUCCCUCGUGAAUUUACUGCUGAUUGCUCGCCUCCGAUCUGGCUUGUCCCAUGAAUUUUUAUCGUGUUACUGUCUGCAGUUUGGAGUAUUAAUUACAGUAAUAAACUAAUAAAGUCUCCGGCUAGUACGUUGCACUAGCUAGAUUUCUCCAGUUCUGCA